CGCCUAUUUCGAAAACUUCCCUCAUUUUAUACGAUUUCCAGGUUGCCGAACUGAAAGCGGACUGUGUUCUUCGAGGUCAACAAGGCACCUAUCAGUGUGUGGCCUCCAACGAACAUGAUCUCACAGAUGAAAGAGCUGGUCCUCCGCGUUUCUUGCGCUGCCUUGGUGAUAUUUGGAUGCCUUUGGGCGAGGAAGUUGUGCUUCAAGUCGAAGUAGCUGGAUAUCCUGCUCCGGAUCUGAUCUGGUACCAUCAGGAUAAGCGUGUAGUAGAAGGAAAGAACGUUAAGAUCAAUUAUACUUCCGAGACUGUUUGUGAACUGCGUAUAUCGGAUGUUACCCUUCGGGAUCUUGGCAGCUAUGCUGUAGAAGCUUCUAAUGUGCAUGGCCUAGUCAAAACCACCUGCUUCCUUAACGCUGGAGAACCGCGUCAUGCUGAACCGCCACAAUUCCAACAGAUAGAAGCUCCAGAAAUUGCUGUUCAGCCCAAAGUUGCUUUCCACGACUCGGUGAAAAAAUCAGCUUCAACGAUGCGCAUGGAAAUGCGAAAGAAAGGCGCCCCACCAAAUUUCAUCCAAGGUUUGGAGGACAUGGAACUCCAAGCUGGUGACUCCGCUGCCGUGGCUGGAAAACUAUCAAGAAAACACCGCCAUCGUCAUGGCGUAGACUUGAGGAAAACCUUGAAGAGUUCCAAACUUGACGCUCGUAGCCUCGCCGCAGCCAUUAUGGCUGAUAUGCAAGCUAAUGGUAAUGGUGACACUCCUCGACAUAGUAUUGAUGAGUCCAAGCACGAUGGUGGUGAGUUUGAAGAGAGUUUCAGGCACAUCGGUACAGUUAUGAUGAAGGUCUAA